AUGAACAGAGGAUCCAUUCGGCAAAUGGAAGAAGCAAUGGCAACGAGGUAUUGGUGUCACAUGUGCUCUCAAACAGUGAAUCCAGUAAUGGAAGCUGAGAUCAAAUGCCCCUUUUGCCGAAGUGGUUUCAUCGAAGAGAUGGCAGAGGAACAAGACACCAACGACGAGAGAGCAAACAACUCUCUAUGGGCUCCCAUCUUGAUGGAACUCAUGAACGACCACCCCGUGCGUCGCGGAAGAAGGAACCAGAGCGUCGAGUCCGUCGAAGACAACCAGAACGAGACAGAGACUCAGACCGAGACUCAGAAUCACGAAACUGAUUUGAAUUGGCAGCUUCAGGAGAUUCUCAGGAGAAGGAGAAGACACUCCGCUGCCGUUUUGCAGCUGCUUCAGGGGAUACGAGCAGGUUUAACCGAGAGUAAUGGAGAUGAGAACAACGAUGAGAGUGGCAACAGAGAGCGUGUGCUCGUGAUCAAUCCGUUUACCCAAACAAUCACUGUUCAAGACUCUGUCGAUCCGGAUUCUGUAGCAGCUGGUUCGUUAGGCGACUACUUCAUCGGUCCUGGAUUCGAGAUGCUGCUUCAGCGUUUAGCAGAGAACGAUCCCAACAGAUACGGAACGCCUCCAGCUAAGAAGGAAGCUGUUGAGGGUUUAGCUACUGUGAAAAUAGAAGAGACUCUGCAGUGUUCGGUUUGCUUAGAGGAUUUCGAGAUUGGCACCGAGGCUAAGCAGAUGCCGUGUAAGCAUGACUUUCACGGUGAUUGCUUGUUCCCGUGGCUUGAGCUUCACAGCUCAUGCCCUGUUUGUAGGUAUCAGUUGCCUGCAGAUGAGCCAAAGACUGAUUCGGUUACAACACCAACGAAUGAUGACAAUGGAGUUGCUACUACAAGCAGUGAUGGAAACCGGCGAGAAGAGGAAGAGGAAGAGGAGGGAGAGGAGGAGGAGGAGGAGGAGGAGGAGAAUGACGGAAGUGGAUUCUCGAUGCCGUGGCCAUUUGGCGGCUUGUUCUCGUCGUCUCAAGAUAACAACAAUCCAUCAGCGGGUUCUUCUAGUUGA